UAGGUAAUCUGAGAUACGCUAAGGGAGAUCUCGAAUAAUAGCCCUGAUACUGGCAGUAGGAAGACGGCUUGCUUUUCUAUCUUAGAAAUAGGGGUUUUCUCCGUGGUUUCAUCAGAUUGGUUGUGCUUGCCAGCGGACUUCAGGGAUACUCGAAUAUGCAGAACCACACGGUCGGCGGAUAGACAAUUUAGAACAUAUGAACAUGAACGCCAACGCAACCUGGUAAAACCUUUAAGCAUUAAGCGUCGCCGGGUCGAUAUAUACCAAAUCAACUUCUGGCCACUUACGACUUAGUAGGUCAAAUGAAUAUCUGUGUACCUGCUUUCAAUAGUGUCGUCAGCGAACCCUAACUUGAAUCACGCGAUGUAGGGUUGCCCAACUCAUAAGUCUUAUUAUCCUCC